AUGGAGCUUUGCGAACUGCAUCUAUAUCCUGAGGACGACGUCUGGCCAUCAGACAUCGACACCAAAGUCGCGCAACUCGACUUUGGUGGCGAUUCGGCGCUGUUCGCCUCGAGCUCGGUCAGCACUGAUUCCUUGGAUUCGGAGCAGCUACGCGAACGAUGUCGACAUCGUACUGAGGAUUUUCAACUCAUAUUCGCUGAUUCCGGUAAUUGGCAGAGUGGUCAACUCACUACAUGGGGUCGCAUUCGUUCCACCGAACCCCCCGACGAAAGAACUGCUAGUGCACCGAACGUUGUGUCGCGUCCACGAACUACGCCAUCGUCAACCGCACAACGACCGACCAGUCUUCUUGCGAAUUUUGUGGGCCGUGAAUCGCAGGAUUUGGGCCGAUAUGUGGACGUCAAUGACAAUGAGAUCCAGGUGGAGAUGGACGAAUCGCCGUCGACCGUCCAGCGGGAUCGCUGGAGAGCCGCUCGGCCGGCGACGAGCAUCGUGAAGGCGAGAGCGCUUGCGAAGCCACGACGGACGUUCGCCGAUCUCCACAAGUCGAUCGCUCCCGAACUGCAGUUUCUUGCCCUCCCACAUCAGAUACCAACACUAUGCGAGUCAACGAUGUCACUGAGUGACGUCAUGCUCAAAGUGCAACGAGAGGGAUUGCCUCCUCUCACUUCCGAUCUUGAAUUGCCACUUCCGUCUUUACUACAAGAGGACUCACCGGAUUCCGGACUGGGUUGUAGUGGACCAUCCCACAUCGAAGACUGGGCGUCGUUGUCUAUUUUAUUGCCAAAGCAUGUUGCGGAAGCAUGUUCGUUCUUCAAGUCGAAUUCUCAGCUGUUAUCCUCAUCACAUCCCAACUGUAUCGAAAGGAAGCGGACUGAACCAUGCAGGACAUGUUUCCGAGUCCGUCGAAGAAUACAUCCUCCUAAUUGGGCACACUCCACUUCAUCCCGUCAUGUAUUAUGUGACUGCUCAUCGGAUGGACCAGAAACUACUCAUGAGCUCAUGCCACGAAGUAGAAGGUCAUCCGGAAAUCAGCAGAUUAGAGCAAGAGAGCUAUCAGUGGUCGGUCUUCCAAUCUACGCAGCUAAGCGUAAUUUGGUGGAAGCAGUUGUGGAUGCUGUUGCAGCUAUCGCUCGAGGCGAUGAACCAAAAUUUCUAUUCAUGGCUUUGGCAGCGUUGAUUUCAGAUGGACUUAAGCAUGAGUUUUCACCAUGGAACAUGAUACGCACAAUUACCACACCAGGUCCUGCAACGAAAGAUGUCUAUUCUAUUGUAACAAAAUUGGAUUCGAACGAGAAGUCCGAAAAUUCUCGCGUUGAACAAUUCUUCGAUGAACUUUUUAAGGAAAACUCAUUGGACUGCUGGUUAUGUUACGUGGUUUUGAAAGAGAAUGUGCUUCGACGUCUCUAUUCACCGGGUAGCUUUCUGCUGGAUGCUCCAACAGCCUAUCGAACACUACUAUGGCGGCUGGUUGAUACUCUAGCUAUUAUUCCAGUGUUAGAAGUGCGUGACUGCUCUCGACUUCAUCAGGCACAGUCGAUGUUGUGGAGUGGGCCGUGUAGACUACCAGCAGAUUCUCGAGUUCCUAAGAGUUCUUCAGUGCCCGCCAGAUUAUCCAACUCUAUUCAAACCCAUAAGCGGUCCCGGAUUCCGUUGCCAAAGAGUCGUAUGAAUGUGAAGCAUCGGACGUUCUCACCACUGAUUAUCGAAGCAUCACCACUGGCUUCAGUGAUUUCGGAUUCUUGCGAGCCAGGACAGCUGGCCGUGUCGCGCGGCGAGAGUGUUCGCAUUCUAUCUCGACGUGGCUCGUUUGCUCGCUGCUGUCGUGUACGUCGUCGUUACGACAGUGUGUCCACUGGAAUUGUACCACUCGUCAAUCUGCUCAUUCAGUGA